UACAACUGGAUAUUGUGUAACCCUUUCACGCGCCAUAGAGACUAAUUGUUUACAUUACCAGCGUGCACUGAAAGUGCUUAUUACAAAUAGUUUUAGUGCGAGUAGGUUUGUUUUGAUAAAUCAGAUUUCAAAAUGGCACAGUUAACCGAGGAUCAGGAAAAGAAACUCAAAUUAUUAUUUGAUAAUUUCGAUGAAGACAAAAGCGGAAGUUUAAAUGCUAGGGAGCUGCGUAAACUUGCACAAUUAUUUGAUCUGAAUCUUACAGAACAACAAGUAGCUGCCGCAUUAGAUGCGCGUGAUAUUGAUAGGGACGGCGUUCUUGAUUUUGACGAACUGAAAACAAUAUUUGCUGCUUUCAUCAGAAGUACAGAGGACAACCAAUCAGAGAUGAUUAAAGCCUUUGAAACGCUUCUGAAAAAAGCAGGCUUGGGAGAAGACGAGCCACUAACGAAAAAAACACUUUUCAAAAUUCAGAAGGGUAAAGGAGAAGAUCCAAUGACAAAGGAAGAUGUGGCUUGGUUAUUUUCAGAGUUUGGUAGAGAAACAACUAGCAAAGAGGAAUUAGCCGCCCUUUUUUGCUGCUAAAUGUGUGUGAUUAACCUUUACUCUGCUAUAUUUCUAAAAUGGACUUUUUCAUCAUUCAGUUUGGACAGUACCACUUAUUAUUCAAAGAGGUGUUCACUGAACAUUUACUGACUGAAUAGCGAACAGUGCAGACCAUGAUCAGCCUGCACGGAUAUGGAUAAAACAUCGCUGUCUUCCAACUGCUAAGAUAUGAACCGCACCAUGAGAAAACCAACACAGUGCGUUUGCGACCAGCAAACCCAGAUUCAGGAUCCAUGCUGUUCGCCAACGGUUUCUCUAAUUGCAAUAGGUUUUGAAAGCGAACAGCAUGGAUCCUGUCCAGACUGCGCUGAUGCGUAGGCUGGUCUGGAUCCAUGCUAGUCGCGAAUGCACUAUGUUGGUUUUCUCAUGGCGCGGCUCAGUUAUAUGCUUAGGCUCUAGUUUAUCAAAACAAGGAUAAAUUGCGAUAGUUCUUGCAGAUUCUAGUGUCAUCCCACUUUUAUCUGUUAAAGACAACAAAAAUAUUGUGAUUGUUUUAACUAUAAUAAACGUCCCCAAUGAAAGGACGUAGAUAAUGGAUACGUUUGAGGGCAGAUACAAAAAGUUCGAUAACGUAAAAACAUUUUGAAAAGGUGGUUUCUUAAGUAAAUGCAUGGGAAAAAAGUAAAUGGAGUUUAAAAUCAGUCAUACGAGGACUACUUUACUGCCACUUCUGUUAUUUUGCAUCUAAAACGUACACAAAAACAAAUGUUGUAGAAAGUAAGAAUAACCUGCAACAUGCCUAAGUUUUUACUUGUAAAAUCAACGUGAAAGGAGUUACUUUCGCUCGCUUGGAUUCAAAGUUGUUAUUAUUUCUGUUAUUCUGGGAUCGUGGUGUUUAUUUAAUGUUCUUUUAGAGUUCUUCUAAAGCCGCUUUUAGUGGUUAAGCUUAUUGCAUCUCAUGAACAGACCUGAAGACACUCAGUCUGCUAUUAUUUCGCUUGGUGCAAAUGAUCUUAAUGAUUUAUUUAUAAAAAUGGUUAAUCACAUACAAUGAGUAUGCUUGGUCGAGAGAAAGGUUGACCAGAGAAUAUCUAUUCGAUGUUCCUCUUCUUUCCCUAAGAACAUUAAUUAAAAAGUGGCACGCAAUAUUUUUAGGCGUCAUUGAGUAUCAUGUUUGUGACGUUACAUAUAUUUCUAUGAGAGUUGUUUAUUUUUCUGAUAUUCAAAUGUAUCACUAUCCUUUUAUAUCUGUUUUUCAAUGUUAUACAUGUAUAUCAAAAUGCUCACACGCUUAUUGCAUAAAUAUAAUUUUUUUUUAAUCUUAUUUACCCUCCGAAUAAAUUAGACUGGCUAAAUCCACAUCGACUUACUGCCACUGAACGGUCAUACAAGUUUCAAGUAUCUUCUUGGUAAAGUACACUAAGCAAACUUUCACAGAACGUUAGGAUGUCCGUCAUGGGUGGGGAGGUAAGGAUAUACUACAAAACAACAUCAAGAAACACAAGAUAAAAGAAACUAGGGAAGUAAACAAUAUGUGCGCGCGUGCUUUCAUACCAUUCAUUUUGUGAUUUUCUGUUAUUUGCGUUUCCGGACAAUUUUGUAUAUGAAGUGUUCCGUUUUGGACAACUUUCUUUUUCUGAACCUUACAUAACAAAAGUCGUAAUCAAGAAAAGGCUAAAAUAACGAUGGUGAAAACUCAAAACUACGACGGCAAAAGUCGAAAUCGUGAAACUACCAUAAUGGACUCAUGUUUCCAUAAUCGUAAUUUUAACUUUACCGUCCUACUUUCUAUUAUUACCAUCAUUAUUUCGACUUCCGACUUGCUGUUGCUCGAAAGCCGACAUUAAACAUCUUUUUAUUUGCUAAUGA